UAAAAUUAUGUUUCAGUUAAGCUUUAUUUAAUUUAAUUCUCGCAUAGUUGAUAAGUCUACUUAUUGUUUUAUUCAUUUAGCUUACCGUACCUUGUAUAGCUUGCAUAGCGAUUUUUUGUGAACUUAUAGAAGGUUUAAACUAAUAUCGGCACAAAUUGUCUUAUAUCGGGACGCCGGGACAAUCACCCAAAUCGCGGUCCCGUCGAGAUCUGGCAUAUAUGUUUUAAUUCCGCUAUACAUAUAUCAAAUCAAUGAUCAUCUAAUCAGAAUUUAAUUUCUCAAAUUUAUACCAAUUAAAUCGUCGUGGUUCUUAAUUCCAGAAAAAAUAGCGAAACCAAAAGCAUACAUAUGAUUGAUGGAAAGUAAUCCAAAUCAAUUAGAAGUAUUGUAAUAAAUUAGAAUUACAGUAAUGUGUUUUCCGGAAAUAUCUUAUAUCUUAUGAAACUAAACAGUAUUUAUUUUAAAAGAAGAGCAUACUAAUCAAUGAUCUUAAAGGCACUAUAUUGAGGUGACGAUCCGUAAUUAUUUACCGAUUUUUAAAUAUAUUUUCCUUAUUUUAUUUAUAAAGGUUAUCAAAAAUCAAUAUAUAUAUGCUAUUGGACAUUACCAUAAAAAUAUGAGCAAUACAAUUUGUUUUGAGCUCAAAAUACAGUGUCCUCCAAGUCAAUCGUGUUUACAAACAAUCAGUUUAUUUACAUCGCUGUCUAAAUCAUGCAGAGCGAUUCCGGCCGAUUUUCCGGCAACAAAUUUUGAUUGGUUGGCACAAGACAUUGGAUAUCACGUGAGCAAGUCAAAGGUAAAGAGGCCAGACAUUCAAAACAAAAAUGUCGUCAAUUGCAAAGAGAAAGCGUACAAUAUCGAUAGAAGAAAAAUCAAAACGCAAAAAGGAUGCGAAAACAUCGUAUAAUCUUGGCCGUAUCACUAUUGGAAGUGAAGUUGUAAGGUGGAGAGACUUUCAAAGGCAGCACAAAUUUCGAUCGAACGAGGAAACCGCCCGUUUUCUUUUAGAUCAUAUUUCCAGCUGUGGGAAGAAAGUAGAACAGAAAGCUACAACAAGCACUCCAUUCAAAACAAGACUAUCUGUUUUUGAACCUCCAGUAUCUGGAAUAUCUUCCAUUUCCAGUGAAGCAGAGAGUGUAACUACCAUAACUGCCACAGAAGGCAAAAGCUCCUCAGAUGAUCAGACCACAAUGACAGCACCUGGACCUGACAUCAGUCAUGCCGGUGGUACAGAGGUGGCAGCAACUUGUACCACGGUUCCUUCAGUGCGGAAAAAGGGACAUGGAAUAUUAUCCAACCCAAAGUUUGCCUCAUUCACAGAGCCUUUCAAUGACAGAAAACAAAAUUGGAGUCUUAUUAACAGCCUGUCCAUGGAUGUCACAAAUAUUGAGGACGAGGAUGAAGAUGAAGACGACUCUGACUAUGAACCUAGUUUCAGCUUUGAAGCUGUCUUACCAGAUGAUGUUAACCAAAACUAUGAGGAAGCAGCAUUUGAAGAAGAGGCAUUUGGAAAAGAUGGUUGUGAUGAUGAUGCUGAUGCAGAAGAAGAGUCUGCAGAUGAUGACCCUUGUCCUGGCAUUCAAAGGCUAAAGACUGAGGCAGACAGUGUGCACUUGAUAGGUUCCGCUGUCUGUUUUGCAUAUGUCUCGGCAAUCUUGUCUCUUACCCGUAUUAAAGUGAUGUCCUGUUCAUUGACAGGAUGCACAGAUCCAACCAAUAUCUGUGUCACAGAUUAUAUCAUUGGAUCAGCGUUGUAUCUCAAAUGGGUGUGUGGCGGUAGCCAUAUACUAAACCGCUGGUGUGCUCAGCCUGUGUUGAACCGGAGGCUACAUGGAGACGGACGGAAUGAUUCUCCAGGCCAUUCUGCUCAGUAUUGUUCAUACACCAUGAUGGAAUAUGACAGCAAAAAAAUUUUAACCUUAAGAACACUGGACAAAAGAUCAACGGACCGAAAAUCAACCAACAUGGAGAAAGUUGGAUUCGAACAGGCUCUCCAGGAAUUGACUGACAAUAACAUUGCAGUUGAGGAAGUUGUGACAGAUGCCCAUCUAGGAAUCGGCUCAAUUAUGAAUAAAAAGUACCCAGAAAUCAAGCAUUCACAUUAUAUUUGGCAUGCUGCCAAAAAACUUGCUAAACGUCUUGGAAAGAUUGUGAAGAAGAAAGCAAACCAAAUUUGAAUACCAUGGCUGAAGGACAUUGUAAACCACUUCUGGUUUGCCUGCAGCAAGGCUGACUCCUAUGAAGAAUUUCUGAGCAUAUGGAGGGGAGUUUUACAUCACAUCACAAACAAGCACGAAUGGAUCCUGUCUCAAGGAACUGGAAUAAAUGGUUGUCUUCAUGAUCCUUUAUAUGAAAACGAAGUGCGUGAAAAACACUGGCUUUCAACUUCAGACCAUGCAAGAGUUUUACAAGACCUGAGUGCUGUGAUCCUGGACAAGAGAUUCUUGAGCAAAGUGUCAUAUUACCUGAAUUACAGAACCACUGCUUACAUAGAAGUGUUUCACCAGUUAAUUUUGAUGCACUGUGCAAAGAGGUUUGCAAAUACACCGCCUGUGUACAGAAUCCGCAACCUAUUGGCAGCUAUCGACCACAACUACCACAGCAUCAGACCUCUGAAAACCAACAAAGAUGGAGAAAUAAGGUAUCACAGAUGCUACAACAAAAAAAGCAAGCGCUGGUCAGUCUUUCCAGAGAAAGUAGCCAAGACCUAUGGCUACGUUCCAGAGAUGGCAGAAAUGCUGUACAAAAAACGGAUUAAGGAUAAAGUAGGAAUGGGCAAAAAAAUGGUCUUGGAAGAAGGUGAUCCAAGAAGACUGGCAAAACACUUGGCCCCAGAAUCCCCUCCAUCUACCUCAGUAAUUGUUCAGGCCAAACAGACCAGGUUCAAGAGAAAAUGAAAUUGAAGUGAAAAAAGAAGUACUCGGUACUUAAAUUGUUUGAACAGAGCAACAAUAAUGUUGGUAUUAGAUGUAUUGCUAAUGAUCAAUUCUUAAUAACAUUGAUGUCACAUGCAUUGUCUUUCUGAUUUACAUUGAGUAUGAUGUGAGUGAAAGUGUAUAUUUAAUAGAUUUAAGCACCACCUUUUUAUGCCUUCAGAUCGAAUGAUCGGGGUAUAAUGUUUUUGGCCUGUCUUUCUGUCUGUCAUCAUUGUAUGUGGUAUGUGUGUGUCUGUCUGGCAUUGUAUGUGUGUGUCUGUCAUUGUAUGUGUGUGUCUGUUAUUGUAUGUGUGUGUCUGUCCCUAAUUUUUAUGCCCCCCUUCGAAGAAGAGGGGGUAUAUUGCUUUGCGCAUGUCGGUCGGUCGGUCGGUCGGUAGGUCGGUCCGUCCACCAGGUGGUUUCCGGAUGAUAACUCAAGAACGCUUGGGGCUAGGAUCAUGAAACUUCAUAGAUACAUUGAUCAUGACUCGCAGAUGACCCCUAUUGAUUUUGAGGUCAAAGGUCACAGGUAAAGGUCACAGUUACUGGAAAUAGGCAUUUUAAGGAUUUAGCAUGGUUCAAACAAGGGAAACAACUACCGUUUAUGCAUGUUCUUUUUGUUACAGCAUUUGCCUCCCGUGUAAUAGAUUUAAAUU